AUUGUCAAAUUACGGUCUCAUUACAUUUCUGAUGUAAUUAACAUUAUUUUCCCAUACCAGAGCCAAUUACAUGUUGUGUAAAGUGGUAGUUUUUAUAAUUUGUUAGAUUUAUGUGCAAAUAACUUGGUCCCAUUUAAAAUCAAAAAUGGAUAAGGAAGGCGACCCGGAACAGGUUAAAGCAGUUAAGUGCGAACAGGAGGAUAUUAGCAAGCUAGAGGUCCCUUUAUUCUUGAAAAAAUUGUGGAAAAUACUGUACGACGAUGACGCCUACAACAUAAUUGAGUGGAAUGCUGUUGGCGAUGGAUUUAUCAUCUACGAUCAAAUUCAGUUCAUGAUGCAGUUACUACCUAAGUAUUUCAAGCACAACAACAUGUCUAGCUUUGUGAGACAGCUAAAUAUGUAUGGCUUUCACAAACGACAACAUUCUGAAAAAGAUGGUGAGAUGGAGUUCUUCCAUGAUUACUUUCUUAAAGAUGUGCCCGAAUUAUUGAAAUUCAUAUCCAGAAAAGUAACGACGCACAAAAAUGCUCCGAGCAAAGACGUCGUGGACCCACAAGAAUUGGAGUCCAUUUAUAAAUCAAUAAGAACAAUGAAAUCAAAACAGACUUUGGUGGAUACUGAACUAAAGUCACUAAAACAGGAGAAUGGUGCUUUAUGGAGUGAGUUGAACAAUUUAAGAAUGAAGCAUGCCAAACAGACGCAAAUAAUCAACAAACUCAUCCACUUCCUGGUGCACUACAUGCACAGUUCAAAUGUGCAGAAGAGGAGUACUGGUAGGCUACCAAAGGAAAAUAAAGGACAAAGUAUAUCAAAAAGGCCAGGGUAUUUUGAGCUUGAAUAUAAAGGUAACAAUCCAGAGGUAUUGAGUCCAGUAAAAAAGCAAAAGACUGGACACAACUCCAAGAAAGAUGAGGGCCCCACAAUAUUUGAACUAGAGCACAAUGAUUGUCCUAAUGAAUACUGGAAAAAGUAUGAUGAAAAAAUGUCUAACACAGAAGCAGGCCAACACAUAGUGACAGAACCAGAUGAGGAUGAUUCUGAGAAUGUCUGCCUGAAUCCCAACAUUAAUGAAGUGUUUGAGCCUGACUAUGUCGACAUGGAGGGCUCCAACAUCCUUGGUAACAUGGCAAACAAUGAAAAGUAUUUUGAACCAGUACCACCUAAAGAUGUGCUUGAUGAGAACAUCCCCAGCACCAGCAAAAGCCCACCAGUGGUGUCAGCAAUCCCAAAUAUAACAGAAAAAACCUCAAUUACCCUGGACAAAGUACUUGGAUCAAAGGAGAACUUCAAUAAAUUCUUGGACAGCACACAAAAUGAACUGAACAGCGUACAAGAGACCCUAAGUGGAUUAAGCCAGACAGACAUUGCCAACUUACUUGAGUUGUUUGAGAGCAAUGUUCCACUACCAAUCGAGUCGGGAGAUUCACCUAAAACGGCAGAUUUACCCCCUGAUCCGAAAAUACCUGAUGUAGACAAACCUGAUGGCAAACCUGCUUUCAAUCCAGAUGAUAUGCUGAAUUUGACAAAUGAAAUAGACAGUAUUCAAGGAGAGAAUAAUUUAAUGCAAGGUAUGAAUUUGGAUACAAAUGCUGAUUUGAGUAUGUCGAGUGCGGAUUAUUUACAAGAGGAUGUAAAUGGCGCUGAAAUUUUAAACGGCGAAAAUGUUGAUUUGGAUAAUAUUAUUGAUCUAUUAAGUUCUGAAGCUCAGUAAGUUAUUUCUUGCCUAUUUAAGGUUAAUAAUUUGAAUAUGGAUUUGCAUAAUUUACAAUUGUAAAUGUACAUAUUCAAAUAGUUUUGUAUAUAAUUUGUACAUAAAUAUUUUAUUUUAUAUUGCAACUUUAUUUUUAUAACUAAGAAUGGUUUUGUCAUUGAGGAGACCUAGAUAUAUCACACUCUAAUGCAUUUACAUGUUUUUAAUUUAAUCGUUCUGAUGUAGACUAUUUAAGUUUUUGUUGUUUAAUUAUUACGUUCUGAUGUACUAUUUUUCCUUUUUAUUUAUGAACAAGUAACUUUUAACAUUUUUUAUUAAGAAAGGCUGUGAUAUAAUCCUGUAUUGAAAAGUACUACCUAAUGAGUUUUUUAUUUUACAAAUAAUUUUCAGAGAAAAUAAUUGUCUCUUGAGUUACAAGUAAUAUAUGCAUCUGAUAAAAUUCACAAUGGGUGAUUAUCAGUGAAGUCUAAUUCAUCAGUUUUUUUUUAAGUAUUUAUUGGUAAAUGGAAUAUUGCAGCUAAGCAAUAUGCGGAAAUUUUUUUGUUGCUUAUUGUAACAUUAAUAACAUUAUUGUUUAUUUAGGAUGUGAAAGUAGAAAUAGGAGAGAGGACAAAGUACCAUAUUUUAAUAAAAAUAUAAACUUAAAAUAUACUCCAUAUCUUGAAAGCGUAUUUUUUUAAAUUAAUUUGGUUGUUCAACAAUAUUUGGGGUUGGUAAAUUAAUUAGAACAAUUUAUUAACUCAAUAAGUUGUACAACGAAAUUUAAUAUACAUAUAGUAGCAAUACAUUGUUUAGUUUUUCUCAUGAAUAAGUAUUUUGAAACUGUUGAUGCCACUAAUUGUUUUAUUUGUGAUUAUAAUAUAUUUAGGAAUUGUUUUUUCAUUUAUUUUUUUAUAAAUUUUUAUGCAUCGAUAUAUGCUAUUUCAAAAUUGAAUCUCAGUACAAAAAAUUGACAUGUUCCUAGUAAUGAGCUAAAGCUGAUUUGCAAAAAAUUACGUCGAUAAAUUGACGGUCGCAAUUAAAAUUGAUGAAGCAUAAAUACGAAUCAAUUUUUUGCAGUUCAGUACAACUCAUUCUAAGCAUAAGACUUUUUUUAUUAUAGUUUUUCGAUCAUCUAAUAAUAUUUUCACAUAUUGGAUUUUUGUAGGCAUUGAGUUUGUUAGGGUAGAAGGAUUUUGGACUUAUGUUAUGUUGCGACGGAUAGAAUUAAUCAUUAGAAAUGAAAUGAAGCCACCCAUCAAUUUGAAAACAAAAGUCCAAUCCUUGUAACCUAUUUUCACAUAUGUUUUAGUUUACACAUUGUUUAUUGUAUUUCUGUAGUUUUUAAUAAUAAUUUGUUAAGUAAGUAA